CCUAAACAGUCAAUACCAAGCCCAUCUCAUAAAACAUGCACAUACCCACAAACGAGAAGCCUGCUUAUCUGAGCCGGCUUCUCGGGCCGCCCGAGUACCGAUGGGUGAAAUGGAGGUGCCUCGAAAACUCUCCACAGAACACGAAAACUACAUUUUCCAAUUCGGUAUCUCCUAUCAUACAGAAAAGGUACCAAUAAUUCGAGUGUUGCCAUCAGGAAACCGCCUCCGUCUAGAUGAGAUAAGAACUGCCGAGAUGAGCAAAGAGAGACAGUUGAUAGGUAUAAAUAUUAGAUUCCACAAGAGAGAGGAAACCAUUACAGCUAGUGGAGGGUUAAAUCAUCGGAUAGGGACGGCACAUUCUCCUGUGGAAAAUCGUCCCGGAGUAGGCGUAUCUGGUACACAGAAAUUAGAGUUGAUACAUACUUUGCCUCAUAGAAUAAACAACGUGGCGGACACUCUCAGGACCCAACCACUUGGUGUUGCUUUUCAAGGAGCCCAUAUUGGAUCUCUGACCGUCGAGAGCUUGAACAUGUACUUGGAAACGAUUCAUGCCAGUAUAGCGGAAAACAAGUCUUCGAUCGAAGCUUUCGCACAGGAGAUGCACGAAUAUCGGUUAGAGCUCAAAAAGCUUGACUCCAAGAUAAAGGCGACAAAGGAUGAAAUGAAAACGAAGGAGGGCGAGGAUCGAAGGCAGCUUAAGAAAGAUGUAACC